CUGUUGCGACAUCCAGACAGAACCAAGCCUUUCGUGAUGAUUCCGCAUGCCAACCCGUGGGCGGCGUGUGCUGUUUUGGGCCAGGAGCAUGAAGGACUCAUACACCCAAAAGAUGAGGAUGGCCUUGCGGCCAUCAUUGGGUCUGGUAUUACUCCCAGGGAACAUCUAGAUGAAGUUGCGGAGACCACGAUUCCUGCCAAGGAGCAUCUGAAAGUGAUGCCACCAGUGAGUCUGGAAAUGUUGGAAGCAGACUACCAAGGCUACGUUCUGAGUGUGACAGUCAACGAUGCUGAAUACCAUGGUGUGAUUCUGGGACUGAAGCUCGUUAUGAAGUAUGAUGUCAAGGAGCUUGUGGCAGUCGAUGAUUCCCGAAUCGUCGUCCAACAGGUUCAGGGUCUGAUUAAUUGCAACCAGCCCAACUUGCUACGACGCUUAGCUGAGUACGAGGAUCCCAGGAAGAAUUUUGUGUCGGUUAAACAGAUUCACGUUAAACGUGAGUUUAACCAAGCGACCGACUACCUGACCUCUAAGACCCUCGUGCUUAGAGAAUCCUGGGAGCUCGAUGACCCUGAUGAGAUAGUGCAUCUACGCCUCGUAUCCAGAAUUCCUGAAAAGAUCAUGAAGCCUUCGGAAAUCCUAGGCACCCCUGUGACCGAUGUGGUUCGCUCGGACCAAGUCGAACUUGGAGCGGAUAGCUCUGAUGCUGGAAUACCGGAGUCUCUAGCUACCGCGGCUGAGGCAUUGAUGGUGAUGACGAGGUCACGAGUGGAAGCGGAUGCAAGUACUCGGACUCCUGUAGACCAGUCUGGAUACCAAGAUGAACGUUGGAGGAGAAUCAACGUUCACCAAGACAAAGACUUGUGGAUCCAGCAAAUGAAGAAGGUCCUAAAAGGAGAGAUGUCAGAUCUUCCACGGAACCAGGUAAAGAAGAUUGCGAUGAUCUCUGAUCAGUUUGUGUUAGAUUCGCGAGAAGUCCUCUACAGGCUGAGUACACCCACUCCUGAGAGACCUCGCAACAAAUAG